AUGUUAUCACGACGUGUAACCUCGUUCGUCUCCAACCUUCUCAAUAAAAGUCCAAGAAGUCUGUGGAAAAUGAAACGGUGUCGGUUUCACCGCGCUGACGUGAUACGUGCGAGAAAGAAAAAGGAUGAAGACGGACCGAAGAUAGUAAAGCCUGGCAACUGCGUCGAGCUGCCUAAACCGAUCCUCGAGGCUGCUUGUAAAAACGCUAUAGUGAUUGGAGGAUCUGAGGGUUUCGGAUUCACGGCAGCUGAUCACCUUUUGUGCAACGGAGCACGCAAUGUCGUUUUGCUGGACGAAGACGCUGUCGAGGGACAGAAUGCAGCGAGGAAAUUAUGCGACGCUCAUGGGAAAAAUCGUUUGUUGUUUGUUCAUUGUGACAUAAGAACUGCUUGUCAAUUCGAAGCUGGUCUGAGACAAGCUCUUUGCAAACUCAGAGUGAUCCAUAUUCUCUUCAACGACCUCGAUAAAGAAAGAUUGCCAUCGAGCUGCUCUUCUUCGAAAAAGAUUGAAAGAAACUUCACGGCUAAGACGAUUCGGGCAGGACUGAAAAUUUUGGGGAAAAAUCACGGUGGUAGUGGUGGAAUUAUAAUAAACUGCGCGAGCAUUUUUGGCUUCAUGGGAUGGCCUGAAGCGCCGUUUCCGGUUUACUGUAGAAAGGAGGCGGCCAUUGAAGUUACACAAGAUUUUGCGGACGAACAUGAUAUAGAAGAAACUGGUGUUCGUUUAGUGGCACUUUGCCCAACGGACAAACAAUUCUGUGAUAUAGGAUUGCCAGAUAAUCCGGACGAAAUCCCAAAUAGAAUUAGGGGUAAAAUGCCAGAGUGUAUUCCGAAAGCGAAGUAUCACAUAGGAACAGCUUUGGACUACGUACUAGCAUGGGCGCAGAACGGAAGUGCAUGGUUGGUGGAACCAGCAAUAAGCGCUCAUCAAAUUCCCCGAUUGAUCCACUUUCCCGAAAAUGAGGACGAAGAAAUCGAUCCUAAAGUUUACGAAACAGAACCUUGUACAGUGAACAUAGAACCACCUUGCGCCGAUACGUCUAAAGCGUGUUCAACGCCGACGAGAGAAAAGUGUGUAGCAAAAACUCCAAAGAAGAAAUGA